UACAGCCUGGCUGCUCUAAGAGAAACAACCUCAACCCCAGCAUAAAGUGUUCCACUUCAUCAUUUACCAGAAGGCCUGGGUUGACCAUUCAAGAGUAUCUCUACCUUGAGGGUCUUCUAAUCUUUAAUUUUUUUUCCCCAAAUUUUCCUGGAGCUGAACUAUCAAGUCAACCCGUGGGUUCCCCAGAAUUCCAAUUUGUAGCUGCUUUGGGGCUGAAAGUGGAAGGAGAAACUCUUCACCCAGAAGAGUUUGUAAUACGGUCCAACCUAGCCAAGAAAGUACCAUGGGGGCCAAGCAGUCCAGUGAUGUCUCCAAGAAUAAGGACCCUAAGGGAAUAUUGCUGUUGAAGAAGAGGCAGAAGUUUUCACAAUGGGAUGAUGUCCUUCUGGGAAAGGACCCGAGGUCAUUGCUGAAGAGGGGUAUGAGACAUAUCAGCUUCAGUUUGGUCACUAAAGGAAUGACUGACAUUCCCGACUUUCUGUGGGGGUUGUCUGAGAUCCAAAAGCUCAACUUGUCCCAUAACCAACUCAUUGUGGUCCCGGCAGAAGUGGGAAGACUGACAAGAAUUGUGGUGCUGAAUCUGUGUGGGAAUCGCAUUAAGAGCCUGCCCAAGGAAAUUGGGCUUCUCAGGAGCAUGAAGGUUCUGUUUGUGAACAUGAACUGCCUGACAGAGAUGCCGCCCGAGCUGAGCCUCUGUAAGAGCCUGGAAGUUUUGAGUUUGUCCCAUAACUACAUUUCCCACCUCCCCUCCACCUACUCAGAACUUUCUGGUUUGAGGAAAUUAAAUCUGAGCAAUAACUGCUUUGCUCACAUCCCCAUCUUCGUGUUCUCGCUGAAAGGGUUAGAUUUCCUUCACGUGGGCUCCAACCGGCUGGAAAAUAUUGCCGAGAGCAUCCAGAGCAUGGUGAGCUUACAGAUCUUUAUCGCAGAAAACAAUAACAUCCACUCCUUUCCAAGGUCUCUCUGCUUAGUCACAACACUUGAGCUGCUGAACUUGAACAAUAAUGAUAUCCAAACUCUACCUGAUGAACUCUACUUGCUCAGUCGAUUGGACAGGAUUGCCUGGAAUCCCAUGGACAAAGGACUGCAUAUUUCUCAUAAUCCUCUCUCCAAACCUCUGCCAGACUUGGUGGAGGGAGGUCUGGACCAGCUCUUCAGCUACCUGAAAGACAAAAAACACAACUAAACUGUCCACUUGAAAUGUGACUGUUGUUCUCUCAUCCAUGCUCAGUCCCACUGGUGCACUUUUCUUGGUCUGAGAUUUAGACUUCAUUGCUUCUCAAUGUUUUUAAAUGCUUUUAUUUCAGACUUGCUGAAUAAUCAUCGAAUGUGAGUGAAUUGUUCUAGGGGGAUCAUUUAUUUUAAAUCUUUGCUGGUCAUUGUUUUUGUUUCUCAUAACCUCUCUAAACUAUUUAAA